CACUUUUUGAUUUCUCCGCCAAUCUUCUCUGUAUAUUCCUUCCUUCCUUACUGUGUUUCAAGUUCACAGAGCUCAGAACUGAAGCUUCUUCGCAUACAAUGAAUUCAACUUCUUCUUCUUCAUCUGUUUCUAAAUUUCCAAUUCAAAUUUCCCAAACACUGAAACCCUAACCUCUCCAACACGCUGAAUCCAAUGGCCACUGCGGCGUUCAAAUCCACCACAAAACGAACUCCUGUCGGAGCCGGAGCUUCAGCUUCUUCCGCCGAGGACACCGCCUCCUCCAACCGCAGCGGCGGCAGCUCCACGUCACUCCACCACCGCCGUUCAAGGAGCCUCAGCAGGUUCUCCCGUUCUCUCACUUCUCACGAGAACAACGAUAGCAAUAGCAGCAACAGUAACGGUAACGGUUACGAUUUCUCUGCUCCGAGGAGAGGGAAGUUCGUCAACACCGUAAGAGGCUCUGGAUUCCCGGAGAUCAGCCUCGACGACCUCGCUAUCGAAUUCUUCGAGUCAGCGAACCGAGGCAGCUCCUCAGGUUCUGGAAGGUUCGAUUCGGAGGCUACUCCUGCCGCGUCGCAGAGGAGAGGGAGGUCUGUAUCGAGGAAAGGCUCCGGAGCUGGAGAUGAUCGGAGGAUCAGUAUCGGCGGUGGCGGCGGCGGGGGAAGAACGGUCGCCGAUGCGAAUAAUCCGAGGAGGAGGAGAUCGGUUUCGGUGGUUCGAUACCAAAUUAGCGAUUCUGAGAGUGACCUGGAUCAUUCUCAGAAGUCUAGAAGUCGCGUGAGUAUGAAAAAUAGUGAUAUUGGGAACAAGCUAACGAACAAAUCAGUUGCUUCAGAUCAAAGACCAAGUCUUAAGAAGUCUCUAAGCCAGAAGGAUUUGAGAUCGUUUGAUGGCUACUCUAGUCAUUCUUCAGUUCUUACGGAUGAUGAAGGAGCAGGUGUUCACUUUAAUAAGAAUGGAAAUGCGAAACAAGUGGUUUAUCCACAGAAAAAGGUGGCAGAUUCAGUCAUGGAUAAUGGAUCACACAAAGUAAAUCAGAAAGAAAUUAGGCAUUUGGGAAUUGAACAAGCUGUGGCAAAACCAAGAGGUAUUCAGUCUGUUUCUUCGGCUAGAAGGAACUAUGAAAGUGAACUGGAACAGUCACAGAAGCGAAAACAGGAGUUGUUAGCUGAAAUAGUGUUUGAGGAGCAGCGAGGCAAAGAACUUUCGAAGAUUGUUAAUGAACUGGUUCCUGCUACUAAGAACAAUUCUGCACAAAAACCAUCAAGAGCCAGGAAGAGAAGUAAUGACAGGAGCAGAAUGUCUAUGUGCUUAACUGAGGAGGCUGAGAGAUAUAUUGAGGAUUUUAUUUCAAAUGUUGAAGAUACUACAGAUAUUUCUUCCCUGGAUGGAGAAAGGAGUGAUACAAGCUCAUCCAUUGGAGGUUUGAUAAAGCCGGAAACAUAUAGUAGCCCCCCAAUAGCUAGAUCUAUUCCUGGUUUAACGGAUGGGGUUACCUUGCCAUGGUUACAAUGGGAGACUAGUAAUGAUGUUUCUCAUGCAGCAAGCCUGAAUAAUAAAGCACAGAUGACCUUGACCCCAAAGAGUGCAAGUUCAACUCAGGAAAUAUCGAAGGCACAAGAUCAAAGUAGCUAUUCUGUGAGCAGUCGUGGAAGUUGGAGCCCAGAAUGCCUUAAAGAGUAUAUCGGAAAGGAUGUAUACAGUAAAUUUGGAGAAUCUUUUAGUUACUCAGACAAGUCUUUCUCGGCCAGAUCCAAAGGAUUAAGGUACGACAUGGAUGAGUACCUUAAAACUAAAAGCAAAGAAGAUAUUAUAAUUGAGAGAUGGAGGCAACAGCAUAGAAUUAAUUCUGGCAGCCUCGUAUUAUGUAACCUGAGAUUAUUUUGAGAAAUUAUUGUUUGUUGAUAGAGCACUUAGAUAAAUUAUACUUGAUUUAAAAGAUGACAUCUAAGUGUUCUAUGCACAGGCAAUUAUUUCUCAAUUGUUUUAAGACAUGUCUCUGCCUUUGAAGGGUGGCCAAUUUGCCUUCUUCUGUGGCAUGGUUUCUAUCCUGUGUAUAGAUAAUUAUUCGUAUUAUUGUAGUUCCUCUGGCCAUGUUUGCAAUUUGAAGGCUAUAUUUGAAGCUAGUAAGCUGGUGAACGAUAUAAACAUUAUAUGCCGAAGUUUUUUGUUCUUGUUUAUCACAUUGUGGGGUUUUAAUAAUAUAAAAG